UUCAACAAAAUAAAAAUGGGUUACACAAAAAUCUUAUUGACUCUUUUUCUUGUAGUUAUAUUGGCUAUCUCGUCGUCUCCACAAAAGGCUAUGGCAUCAGAGAUCAAAGCAAAGAUCAACGGCCUAAAGUGCUUUGAUACAUGUACGCCUUCAUAUGAUGAUUAUAAAUGCCAUGUGGACUGCAUGACAUCGGGGUAUGCGGCAGGAGGAUGUACCACACUGUCUCCCUCUCAACCUCAAAAAUGUUGUUGCUAUUAAUUAAAAUUGUUGAUCCAUUGAUUUACUUAUAUGUUUUUCCUAUGACUAUGAAAAGGCAUGUAGUUUCUCUUUGUAAUCAAAAUGCCAUGAAAU